CGGUCAAAACCCAAACAUAAUCAGGUGGUCACUGACAUACGAGCGCAUUGAGAAGAAAGAAUAAAUUUGCGUUGUCAAAAGCAACUGAUUACGUCGAUGUCCGUGAAGAUCAGGAACAGUACUGACAAUAUUUAACUUCAAAAUGGAGUCCUAGAUUUUAUAUGAGUCAUGUUGGACUUUUGCGAUCAUGUAAAUCGCCUCUAACCCAGCCAUCAAUGAUGGCCCAGACCAGAUUCUGUCAGCUCUGGUCGUUCAUCUAUUCCAAUAUCAUUUUUAAUAUCGGUCCAUAGAUCUUGGAUAUUUCAAGAUACAGUAUGGAGAAUCUUGGGGAGUACGAAUACAACAAGAAAGACCUCAUCGGCCAUGGGGCAUUCGCUGUUGUCUUCAAAGGACGAAGUCGGAAGAGACCUGACAAGGCUGUCGCCAUCAAGAGUAUAACCAAGAAGAACAUUGCCAAAUCUCAGCAGCUCCUCAGCAAGGAAAUCAAGAUUCUCAAGGAGCUGUCUGAUCUCCAUCAUGAAAAUGUCGUUGGUCUCAUGGAUUGCAAGGAAACAACAAACCACGUCUACUUGGUCAUGGAGUACUGCAAUGGAGGAGAUCUGGCAGACUAUCUUCAGGCCAAGGGUACACUCAGUGAGGAUACAAUAUCUCUGUUUCUGCGACAGAUAGCUGCUGCGAUGAAGGCUCUGAAUGCAAAGGGUAUCGUUCAUCGAGACUUGAAGCCGCAAAACAUUCUCCUGUGUUACCCAGGCAGGGCUAGCCAGUCAACAACAAAAGACAUUAAGCUCAAAAUUGCUGACUUUGGGUUUGCUCGCUUCCUGCAAGAUGGUGUGAUGGCAGCAACAUUGUGUGGGUCUCCGAUGUACAUGGCACCGGAGGUGAUCAUGUCACUCCAGUAUGACGCCAAGGCUGACCUGUGGAGCAUUGGCACCAUCGUCUUCCAGUGUCUCACAGGCAAAGCUCCCUUCCAGGCACAGACACCACAGCAGCUCAAGCAGUUCUAUGAGAAACACAGCGACCUCAUGCCCAAUAUACCAAGUGGGACAUCUCCUGAGCUCAGAGACCUGCUCUUGAAACUGCUGAAAAGAAAUUCCAAAGACCGGAUAGAGUUUGAAAAUUUCUUCAGGCAUGCAUUCCUACAGCGAUCUGCCCCGAAGCCAACCAGCAAGUCUGCCCCAGUGCCAGUCCCCAACCGGAGUGCUAGCUUCUCCUCAGAGGGGUCAACCCCGGGGAAACAUGCCACCUCCGCCACGCCCCCAGCAGCCCAAAUGGAAUACACACCCCCACAUUCUCAUGGUGCUGUGAAACCCGAUGUCCUGCCCCAGCCGUCCCCGCCAGAUGAUGCCGGUUUCCUGAAGGUAGACAAGGAGGAGAUGGAUGUACGCAAGAGUCCUACAGAGGACUUUGUGUUGGUUCCUGAAGGAGAUCAUAUUGAUGUUCCUGCGAGCGCUGCCCCUAUUGCAUCAGAAGAGGAUAUGGACACUCUAGGUGACGCCCCUCCCUCUAUGAAAGCUGUAGCAGUCCAUGCCCAGGUCGGCACCGCCACCUACAAGAAGGAGACCCAGACCAGUCCUAGUCGACCCAGUACUUUGCCAGUCAACAGCCCACCCUCUCCACCCUCCUCCAACCCCAUCCCUGUCCCCACUCAGGCCCGGGCAUAUCAGAAGAUGCAGCAGACGUCACCAUCAAGUCCCCUUGCUCGGAGGGUACCAUCUUCUACGGAAAUGAGAGAGGAGUGCUCGGAAAAGGAAGUAGCCUUGUCUCGGCAGAGUUCUGAAACUAAGCUGUGUACCGGACCCGGCAUCGUCUCCCUGUCUCCCCCGAGUGUCCAGUUCAGCAUCGGCACUCCCCCCACUACGGGGUCGUGGAAGAGGAACAGCACCCCCCCUAGUAAGACCGGCAACACCCCGCCUAGUGUUACUGGCUCACCCCACAGAAAAGCUAGCCUUUCCUCACCCCGGUUUUCACCCCUCCCAUUCUGGGGAGGUCCUGGAUCUCUACCCACAAUCCUCGGCUCUCCGACUAAACUUGCUGCAUUUAACCUGGUGCCCAGUCCUGAGAUGAUGCCGCUUGAACCAGUUCAUGCACCGUUUGGAAAGUUCAGACCAAAUACUUACCCAGAAAGCAUUGCUGCUCUUGCAGCUUCUCCACCAGAAGCCCAUAGGUUGGAGUACCACCGGUCAGAUUCAGACCCCUCCUCCCUGAGUCGAGGGGGAACCAGCCUGCUCUCACAGCAGCUGCUCAAGGCUGCAUUUGGCACACAGACAGGAGCUGGUCAGAUGAUCACCUACAGUGGGAGGACAGGGAGUCGUGAGCGCCUCAACUCCGGAGGCAGUGACAAGACAGGAUCCAUGGAGAGGGAGCGUUCCUCCUCUUACUUCAGGAGAAACAGCACCUUCAACAUGGAGACAUCGCCACCAGCAUCAGGCAUGUACGCCAAGUCGCCGCCCUAUAUGGAAGGGCCAAUCACAUUUGUUGCUCCAGAACUGUCUGAGGAAACUUUGAUGGAUGAGCAGCACAAUGAGAUCAUGGCCAAGUUGAGCUUUGUCCUGGACCUAGUGGAGUGUAUCAUGGAGCUAGCCCAGGCCAGAGGUGCUGCUCUCAGCACAUUCAAUGACUCAGUCUCAUGUAAACAGGGUGAGAGUUUGCCAGCGGAACAGCUGCCUAGAUUUACAGAAGCUCAGAGGCGCCUAGAACAGCUGGUGCUGUUUGUGAGAUCGCUACACCUGCUGUCUUCAGCACUGCAGUUGUCUCGGCAGGAGAUCAAGUCUGGACGCCUCCACUCCUCUAAUGCCCUUAAAUCAGUAUUGAAGCAGAUGAAUGACUACUACCACCGGUGUGUUCUGGAGUGUCGACAGCUGCACCAGAGGCUGGGGACCACGUGUAAAACCCCCCUCACCCCCCAGCUGGUGGUGGCCACUGCCGACAAACUCAUCUACAACUACGCAAUCGAGAUGUGCCAAGGAGCUGCACUAGAUGAACUCUUCGGUAAUCCCAAGGAGUGUUUCCGUCGUUACACAGUAGCCCAGAUCCUGCUUCACAGCCUGGCACAGCAAGCACCCAACACACGAGAUAAGGACCUCCUCAAUAAGUACAAAGAGUCUGUGGAGCACCGUCUAUGUAACCUACAGAGUCAAGGCGUGAUGAAUCCGUACGAUGCUUACAGUUGAUCUACAGGCUUCUCCCAGAACUGCUGGACGGCUCCUCUACAGCUGACAGACCAGACUACAACCCAUCUUUAAUACAAAAUAGGAUAGUUGUAACAAACAGGACAUAACUUCAUAGUAGGAGGCUUUGGUUCAGCAACUGUGUCUUCAUCCUAGGGAUUAGUCAGUUAUUGGAACAUCUUCUGGUCAACAGUUGAAUGUUUGGAAUAGACGAACUGACUUGUCAUGGUUUUCUUACCAAUCGGUUAUACACCUUCAGGUUAUGUGUACUGUAAUUUCAGGAACCAUCGGAAAUGUAAACUGAGAAUUGCAGCGGUAAAGUAAGGACUUGUCAAUGUCAACUUGCAAUCCUCAAAGAUAUCAGCCUCGUCAAUAUGGUCCUAAUCUGGUCUGAAACUUCACCUAGAUCAAACCAAUUUGUGAUAUUGUCAGUUGAUUGAUGAGAAUUUUCACCUGAAGGCUUGUCUCUCAACAGAAGAACUGUCUCUAUCGGUCGUCUUGCCAUCGGUUGUUAGGACUGUCAGUCCAGAUUGCAGCCAUUGAUAACGACGUCUGACCCUGAUGUACUCAAUGGACUAGAAUUAGGUUAGACAUCUUCGGUGACGAUGGCCGAGUUGAAAUAUCAAUGAUACCUCAUUUCCGUUUGAGAAUUUUGUUACUGAACCAAACAUUUUAUGGCGUAACCGAUUUGCAUUUGAUUUACUACUGCCAUAUUGUUCUGAGUUGACACUGAAGUCGGAAGUGCAUGUGCCAAAAACAAAAGGACACCCAGAGAUCAUCUUUGGGUCACUGUUUCAAAGGAUCUUCGAUGCCUUUAAUCCUGAAAACUGCAAUUGUAUUUCUAACAUACAACACAAAUUCAUUCAAAGAUACAUUUGUUCUAUGUGUUCUAGUCUAGUUGAGGAGCCUAGACUGCUGAAACCAUUGGACAAGAACUAUAUUGAUAUAGUGCUUUUAUGGACCCUUACAUGAAAUACCUCUGAUUCUAACUUUCUGAUGUACGGAGAUAAAUUGGAAUGCAUGUAUGUUGGAUGAAUCCAAAAUACCACGGAAAGGACUUGCAACAAAUUAAUAUAAUCCAUGGUAAGAAGAGCAGCUACAUCGUUGACAUUGUUGAUUUUGUACAGAAGGCACUGGAUAUUCCUCUGCGAGGACGUAAUGCUAUGUGGAUUUGUUUCGUGUUGCUUGGCUACGUGAUGGACAUGUUCGUAUUACACCAAGCGGUGGUAUACAAGGAUGUGUUGUGUUGUACCAGAUAUGGUAACCUAUUAUCUGCUUUGAUGGGAGUUGGUCAAUUGUGAUGCAUGACCUGGCUACAGGGACAACUUUGUCUGGGAUGUUGCUGACAGCAACGGUGAUGCUGAAGCUCGUCACAUCCCAGUAGAGAAGCGCGCUGGUGAUGUAUAACAGUGAUACUCUGUGUGUAUAUGAGACAAUCUAAUUUAACUAACUACUAACUGUAAAUUGAUCUGUUGGUAUUUUGUUUGACCUCUGUCAGUUCAUCUAUUUGAGUUUGGUUCACAGACCUUUAUCUGUAACAAAAAGAAAACGUUUUUAGGUGUGUGGUUAUUUUAACACAAAAUUCUGCCGUUUUAUGUACGAUUUUAUGGUUGCCCUUUUGUAGCAAAAUUCAUUUUAUUGUGGACUUGUGUCAUUUGUCUGUGAGAAUUUAUUCAUCAAUUCUUUCAAGUAAGUUGCUGUUAUUUUCAGUUAUGAAAGCUCUUACUGGUGAAAGAAGUUGACUCUUGACAAAAACACAAUCAGGCAACGUUCAAUAGUAGCUCUUUUAGUAUGUUUAGAAUUAGAAUAAGAACUCAUUAGCCAGCUCAUGAAGUCAUGAACUACAAAUGUUAUUUUUGAAUUUGAGUCAGAAAACAAUUUUGAUACACUAGUCAGUGGAUGUGCGAUUCAAUUCACCUAGUCUUUUAGUAACGUUUUAUACGACGGAAACUUGUACCAUGCCUUUAUUCACUCGAUUUAGAUUUGUUCUACGUUCAGUAAAGAACAGGCCUGUAUCCUAUAUCCAACUCUGCAGUUCUUCGUCUAUAGUGCUAUGUGUAUCAUAUAUAUCUUCAGUCAUAUAUCAACCAUGGGCUCUAUUGCUUGGUAGACUGCCUAUAAAGUGUUUGAUAUAAGGGAUGUCAUUUAGGUUAGCUGAAGAAGUAAACAAACGUAGCAUGUCAUGGAUGCCCUGCAGUCUUUAGUGAUAACACUAGUGUUUAUGACAAAGACUUUCAUGCUUGAGUUUGAACGCUGCCUUAGCUGUAUUCCCAUAUUUGGUGCCAUUCCCAACCAUUCCUUUCUAUAAUGUAUUCCAGCAUUGAAUCGGUUCUGAUAGAAAUAUUUCAUGUUUUUAUAGUAUGCUCACACUCAGUGUGUAAAGAUAUUAAAACAUAAAUAACCAUUUGUUUGUACAUUUCUUGCAACUCAUGUGAUGUAUUUAAGUUAAUUUAUAAAAUAUGAAAAAAAUUAGCUGUUUCUUUUAUGUUGAACAUGUACUUUGCUUAUAGUAUAUUGUGAUAGAAGCUGUUUUUUGUAUAGAAUUUACCAUGCAUGUCAAUGUAGAUAGCAUUUUCACAUGGAUUUUUUGUUUUAUUUGUACAUAGCCCUGUUGAAAGUGCCUGAUAUCCAAAGGCAUUAUGUUAUAUUAGAUGUAAAUAGCCGAAAGAUUUUAUUUCCUUUUAUUAUUUAUUACCCCAUGCUAAGAAAGCAACAUCAAGUCGUGAAUGUGAUAUAUGUUGUGACAAUGUGAAUGUGUAUUUGUGGUACACAUUAAGCCUACAGUUGACGUUAUGUUGCAUUGGACUGCAAUUUAAUUUAAGAUGUGUGCGUAUGAAAGAAUGUUUUAAUGCAUUUAGACUUUUUAGUAUAUGUGUACGUCACCCUCGUUGUUGCCACUGUAUCUUGUGUCAUCCCUUUAUGCAAUAUUCACAGCCUAUAUAUAUUAUUUCUCUCAUUGCUAACAUGGGAGAGUUCUUCGAUCUUGGAAUUACAUCUGCAUUCUCUCCAUGUCUCACUCUAAUCAUGUCCGCAACCUUUUUGCUCUUGAAAUCACCAGGAUCUCUACUGAUGGAGUUGUACAAAUAGACCUAGCAAUUAGACUUCAGGGAAGGUUGUUUGAUACCUCAUCAUAAAGGACUCUGCUUCUGGGACCCAAUUCACAAAGCAUUUGUAAUGUUACUAUCGUUACUCUAUACUGUAUCAUUGGCUUACUAAUGACAUAGUGCUACAAAGGCUUUGUGGAUAAGUUCCCUGGGUCCAGUUCCACAAAGAGCUUGUAACGUUACGACCUGUCGUAACUCAAUAGUUUAUCACAAGCUUACAAAUGUUGUAGUUCUAUGAACGCUUUGUGGAUAGGGUCCCUGGGUCCAGUUUCACAAUGAGUUCGUAAUGUUACGACCUGUCGUAACCCUAUACUGUAUCAUUGGCUUACGAAUGAUAUAGCACUACAAACACUUUGUGGAUAGGGUCCCUGGGUCCAGUUCCACAAUGAGUUCGUAAUGUUACGACCUGUCGUAACCCUAUACUGUAUCAUUGGCUUAUGAAUGAUUUAGCACUACAAACACUUUGUGGAUGAGGUCCCGGAGUCCCGAGCCACAAAGAGUUUGUAAUGUUACGACAUGUCAUAACUCAAUAGUUUAUCAUAGGCUUACAAAUGUCGUAGCACUACGAACUCUUUGUGAAUCAGGACUCUGGUACUCCAAGCUCAGUGCAGUCUGGAGUCAUAUUGUUCCGGCAAGGGAGGCGAUGCUGGCCAUAAAAGCCCGAGUCAAGCAUCACUUGUCCCGAUUAACUAAGCUUGGUGAACCAGCUGUUUCAUUGUCAUCUUAUCGCUGUUAACUGUUCAUGUAAUCAGUGUCACAAUUUGUCAUCAAACCAAUUUUCCACUAGCAUGACUAUGAAGCACCAUCUCAACUUGAAUAAAUUUAUUACGGAUAUCACUGCUUGUUUGUAUCCUAUUUCUUACUGAAAUUCAUCUUCAUAUAUAUGAAAAUAUAUCAACUGCUCUGUUAGGGUUAGAUGUUUACUGUGUACAAGAUCGUUUGUUUUAUAGUUUGAAGGAGAAAGCUCCCUAUUGGUUUAUUGGUGGUAUGUAUAUACACAUGUAUAUGAUCAUUACAUCAUGCUUUGUGUACACUGCCCAAUCAUAAGUAUAGACCAUGCCCCUUUCUACUUCUUCAUCCAAUACAUCAAUGUAUGGGCAUUACUGUCAUAGAGCUCUGGCCAGGUUAUUCCAGUGGUAGACCAUGAGCUUUACACAACUUCAAUCCCUGAUUUAUUCUCAGUAUAAUGUCUCUAUUUCUAUAAAUACCAAGGACCUUUCUCGCAGCCAUGGAUUUGAAAGUGAUGUUGAAAUUCCUGUCUCCUCAUCUGUAACUCAGCACGAAUAUGUCUUGCUCAUGGACAUAAUUUGAUUGGAUGUUUAUUCACAACAUUGUGCAAGUAAGCCAUGCUCAAAAUGAAGAAAUAGUGGCAUGUGAAUUUUGGUUUGUCCACGAGGUGGCCAGGAAUAAUAAAGUUGUGGAUGAACGUUACGGCAAGGAAAGAUAACUCUUCCUAUAAGAUCUUGACAUUCAUUAACUGAUAUUGAAACCAGAAUUUUUUACAAAAUGAUUAAAUGAAUCACUCAAGGAUGAGUGUUCUCUUUUCAAGUGUUCCUGAACUAGUAGUCUGAUCCACCAGAACACGAGGGGCUUCAUAUUGUCAUGAGAUGUCAGGGAGAAGGGUUUACUGCAUGGCCUUGUUCCACAGAGCAGUCGUAAUGCUGCAUGUUGUAAGUUAAAAUUAAAAUGGUAAGACAAAGAGUGUCAUGCUGUGUCUGAGUGUGAUAUCCAUGUCAAACUGUUAGAAUUGAUCUUCAGUAACCCAUGCUUGUCGUAAAUGGGUGGUCAGGCUCGCUGACUUUGCUGGCACGUCAUCGUAUCCCAGUUGCGUAGAUCGAUGCUCAUGCUGUGGAUGACUGGAUUGUCUGGUCCAGACUCAAGUAUUUACACCACCAUAUAGCUGGAAUAUUGCUGAGUGUGGCGUAAAACUUGACUCACUCACUCCCUGAUGCAUGUAUCUCCUUGGAUAAACACUAUACAUGGCUGCAAACCACUGUGUAAGUGCAAUGGCCUUAAAUGCGACUUUUAUGAUCACUAUUUGAAAUAAUAAAAAGUAUGAUAGUGUUGAGAUCACAGUUGGAACAGGUCAGAUAAGAUCACUUGGUUAACAUCAGACUUUCAUCCACAAUUUUUUUACCCUGAGCUUGUAAUUACCUACAGUUUAGGACCUAGCAUGUGCUGCUAGUUCUUGAAAUACAAUGUUGAAGUUAGAGCUAUCUGUUUUCUUCAUCCUUUCAUUGCCAGUACUUCAUGGGGUUUUCCACAACUGUCCUCCUUCAUCCAUGGAUACAUGUGGCUUCUUUGUGAUACGAUACUUUUGAACGAUAAAUCAAAUGGCUUUGUAUAUUCAUAGAUAAAUAGAAGACCUAGUUCUGACAAGUGAGAGAUCAACAACAUGAGCAUCGAUCUGCACAAUUGGGAACCGAUGACGUGUGUCAACCAAGUCAGCGAGCCUGACUACCUGAUCCCGAUAGACGCCUCUUGCGACAAGCAUGGGCUACUGACGGCCAAUAUUCUAACCCGGACCUUCAUGGGUCAGUUCCGACAAGAGGGAAGACAGAGAGUGAUAAGACCAAUGACCAGGUAGAUGACUUGGG